AUGCUGGGUGGUGAUGUCGAGGAGGAGGCCUAACUUGAAACCACACCUCCUUUUCUGACUGCUAAUUGUCAGCGUGAAGGAAGACGCAGCCUCUCAUAAAAGGAGAGCAGCGCUAAUGCAUCUCCUGGCAUUCACCCCCUCCCAGCCUCACGUUUACUGAGCGCUUCCUCGGAAUGUUUUGGCAGAGCUGACUGAGGCUUGACCCGACUCCAGAGGAGGGGGCUGUAGAAUUUGACGGAUCGGAGCGAGAGUUGUGCCUGAGGAGGGAAGACGAAGCAGUGAACUCGGUAGUGAGAGCGGAGUUGGAAGGAGGAGAAUGGGGGUCAUAGACCCCAAAGUGGACCACUGCAAUGUCAGCAGCAACGCCACGUACAACAUUCUGUCCUGGAUCGUGGCUGGCCAGUUUGCGCUGGGUCUGCCUCUCAACCUGUCUGUCCUCUACAUCUUCAUCUUCAGGUUCAAGUUCUGGAAGAACAAGAGCGUCUUCCUUUUCAACAUUGUGGUGGCAGAUUUCCUGCUGGUGGUGUGUCUUCCUGCCAAGGCCUACCACUACCAGAUGGGCCAGCGGCGCAGUCCCAACUACGUCAUGUGCAAGACCAUGCUCUUCAUGCUCUUCCUCAACCGCGGCGCCAGCAUCGCCUUCCUGGUCAUGCUGUCCAUCGACCGCUACUUCAACGUGGUCCACCUGGGCAGGAGGAACUUUGUCAAAGUGCUGAAGAGGUCCCCCCAAAUCUCGGUGGUCAUCUGGCUACUCCUGCUGCCCCUCACCAUCCCCACCAUGCUCAACACCUUCGAGUGCUGUAACAGCCACGGCCGAACCCACGAGACAUUCUACCACGACUUGACGGACACAUUCAGAGAGUUGGUCUUCUUCACCCAAAUCCUAAUACCCUUCAUCGUCCUGGUCUACUGCACGGUGCGCAUCGUCCACCGGCUGAGAAAGAAGACAGUGGGUGACCAGCGCAAACUGAGGAGAGCCACGUGCGUGGUCAUGUCCGUGGUGGCGCUCUUCUCUGUCUGCUUCUUGCCGUCCACCAUUGCCCGGGCGGUGCUGCUGGCGGCACGGCUGACGAGGCCGGAAAUGGAGAAUCUAGCGGCUCAGGUGUACGACAGCCUCAUGGUUCUGUCCAACUUAGACUGCCUGCUGGACCCACUGGUCUACUGCUUCUGUUACUCUGGCUUCAAGGACGCCUACCUGGCCACUUUCUGUCCCACUUUCCUGCAGAAGAGGCUGCUGAAAUCAGAGUUUGACUCAAGAACGGGAACAACAACGACCACCACCACAACCUCUGGAGCGAGAACGAUUUGUUUGCCAAUGAUUGAGAAAUGACUUUCAUGACUAGCAUAAACUGUUAUGAAAACACAUCACUAGGACAGUGUCUGCUUGACAAUACAUUGUGUUUUAAGAAACAGCGCAAUCUAAAAUAUCUUUUUGAAUGCAAAAUCCUAUUAAAAAUAUUUUUAAUUCAAUAAUACACCCCACCACUGCUAGUCAGAGCAAAUUAAAUCUGCAGCCGGAAGUCUUAAAUACAAUUCACUGAAACUAUGCAACUAAAAUCUCUAAAUAGUUGUUAUAUUAUUUUAUUAUUACUCAUACACAUGUUAACCAAAUGCAUGGUUCCUGUAUUUUUUCGAAGGACAUCUAAUUAUUAUUUUAUCUUAUAAAGUUAUGACUACAUUAAUAAAAUAGUAACAAUUUUAAAAAGACAUUGUAUUGUAUUUUCUAUUCCUGAGAAUAUGCUAAAGUUGUCAGGUUCGCCAGCAAAGACGGUAAAUAAGUUAUUACUUUUAGUUCCAUUAUUUUUGUUAUUGUUAUUGCUUAGUUACUUUUAAUCACAUUCAUUCACAAUUACUGAUUUAAAACACGCAGCUUGAGUCCCCGGGGUGACGUCGCCCAGCUAGCAUAAUUAGCUAACGUCACAACGCUUGUAUAAGUAGCUAACUUACGUCAGCCGACGCCGCCACUUCUUCAAAACCUCGUCCCACUCGGACGCUCGUCUUUUAACGUUUAUAAUAUGAACACGAAGAAUACCGUCCUUAAUGUGUAACUUAAAUGUAUAAAGUAAUUUCAAUGCUACACUUGAUUCUGAAACGGCGACGUCUAUGCCUAGUUUACCACUCGGGCAUCAUUUAGGAUAGGACCCUAUGAGAAAAAAAGUUACCAGGGGGACGAGCUCACUUCCUGUGCCAGUCAGAACAUAAGUCAGUUAAAGUCUUUCCCGGUUGGCUUUUACGCUCAAUAAAUCUCCACUGCAUCCUGUUUUUUCUGCUUUUACGUUCAGGCGUGUGACAGUGAUUUAUUUCUGUGCUUGUUAUUGUCGUAAUUGUCUUUCAGCAGCUUCGUGAUGAUUCUUGACAGUUUCUUGAUGUUAAUGAUUAAUUUUAUAGCAGCUGUUUAACAAUUGUCACGGUGGAAUACAUUUGCGACAUGAAAUCGUAUGUAAAGAUAUAGACACUGUACAGGGAAUAAACUUCUGAUUCUCUGCUGCCUCCUAGUGGCAUUCAGUGGAGGUGAAACAAGUAAAUAAAUCAUAAAAGCAAUCAUAAAGAGCGGAUAGUGAUAUUAGGUAUAUUUUGAAAUUAACUGAAUGUUGCUGUAUUUUUAAUGAAUAUGAUAUUAGCAGGCCUAUCAGGUGCCGAUCCAAGCUUGUAGAAAGCCAUGCACAGAAAGAGAAUAAUAUGUGUAAGUCCAUGUCGAUUGUGUAGUUAACAUUUGAACACAAACACAAUCAAAGACAUUUAAAGAUACAUGUUUAUUUCAGCAUGAAACGCAGAAGAAAAUGUUUUGAAUGACGAGCCUUGGCUGUGAUUGGCUACCUACGCCUUCUCCUUGAUUCCUAUUGGACAGGAGACUCCUGUGGAGCCCAGCCCACAGUAGCCAUCUGGGUUUUUACUCAGGUACUGCUGGUGGUAGUCCUCAGCGUAGUAAAAGUCUUUGCCCUCUGCAAUCUCUGUUGUGAUGAUUCCAAAACCUUCCUCAGUCAGAGCCUGCACACACACACACGGCAAUAUGGGGUGUCAAAUCCUUUUCUGCCCCAGUUUUAUCUGCCUGGAUCUGUGUGUGUGUGUGCGAGUGUGUGCAACUUCCUUUUUGCACUUUUUGAUGCACCAACAUGAUUUAUUUUAUAUUUUACUUUUUUUUAAAGCUUUAUUUUUAGUCCAUCACCAUGUAAAUAAAACCUAAACACAAAAAUGUUGCACAAAUAUGUACAAAUUGCCCCAUCUUAGAUGUGUAUUGUGUAUAGAUGUGUAUAGAUUGUGUAUGUACAGCAUUUUAAGAAUAAAAUAAAACCUUC